AUGGAAGAUGAAAUGCUGGGGGAAAAUAUAACUGACUUUGUUGGUCUACGUUCACAACAAUAUACUUUUCUAGUCAAUAGUAAUAAACCAAACACUGAGGGUGGAAAAAAGUGUAUUGAAAAGUCAAAAGGUGUAAAAUUUUAUGUAGUCAAGAAAAAAAUAACAUUUGACGAUUAUUUGGACUGUUUGAAAAAUAAUAAGGAGAAAUAUGAGAAGCAAAGAAACAUCCAAUCACAUCCACAUGAAGUUUAUUCUAUUGAACAAACGAAAAUAGUUUUGAGUACAUUCGAUGACAAGAGGUAUUUAAUUGAUGAUUCCACAGAUACUUCACCUUAUGGUCAUUACAGUAUUCUUAAGGUUGGUUGA